ACCGUUUUGAAGAGGCUGUGGAGUACAAACUGAGUCUUGUUCUGUGCGCGCCAGUAUUUUGCGAGCGGAGCGGUGGGAAACACGCUGCUUUUUAGGAAUGCUGACAGUUCAACUUCAGAUUUGCUACCUUUCUAAAAUCUGGUCUUUGGCAAAGCUGUGAAUAGAAUACCUUUUUAAAUGAUCAGAAAAUAAUGGAUAGAGAGUUGCCAAAAUGGAUGUUCAAGGUACCGGAAAAUGUGAGCUUCGAAAAAAAUCAGGGUUCUUCAAAAUACCUUAAGAAAAGUGUUCUUGAAGAUUGCCUUCCUUAUUUGGAAUUCCCAGGCUCAAUUAUUUACAGUAAUGAAAAUAAUGACUGUUCUUUCUUAUCUGAGGACAUAAGAGGCUCCCUUGAAGCUGGAUCUGCACUGGGAUUUGAUAUAGAGUGGCCACCCACUUUCAGCAAAGGAAAACAGGGGAAAGUAGCUCUUAUUCAGUUGUGUGGGUCAGAGAAAAAGUGUUACCUUUUUCACGUGUCUGCAAUGUCAGGGUUUCCAUCAGCCCUGAAAAGGUUACUUGAGGAUGAGUCAAUCAAGAAAGUGGGCGUUGGGAUAAAUGGAGAUGCUUGGAAGCUUAUGAGUGAUUAUGAUAUAAAGAUGAAGAACACUGUUGAACUUGUUGAAAUAGCAAAUAUGAAGUUAAAGUGCUAUGAAAAAUGGAGUCUGGAUGGCCUAGUUAAGCACUUGUUUAAAAAGCAAUUGUUAAAGGAAAAAUCUGUGCGAUGCAGCAACUGGUCAGAUUUUAUACUUACGGAGGAGCAAAAAAAGUAUGCAGCCAUUGAUGCUUAUGCGGGCUUUAUUAUUUACAAACAACUUGAAAGAAUUGAUCCUGGCCAGUACGACGCUUCUCCUGUUGAAACGGCAGCUGUGCAUGAAGAUAUCAAAGAUAAGCUCCAUUGUUUAUCCAUGGAAAUGCAAGAACUGUCUACUCGGGUUCCAGAAGAAAUAAGAAAUAUUGAGGGAGCUGAAAGUAUAUUGGAUGACAUUUCUUUAAAGCUGAAUAAUUUAAGGAGUAUUCUAAAAGGGGAUGUAUUUAAAGAGGAGAUUUUGGAAGAACACCAUACUUUGUUGCCAAUGGUUAUUGAUAAAUCUUCUGACUUAAAUGUAAUUCAUAAUGAGUAUGAAUUAAACCAGAAAAGAUCCACAGAUAAUGAAAGUGACAAGCAAGGAAUGCACAUAAUAGCUGAAGCAACUGAUGUACUAAAAUGUGCUCAGUCUAAUCUAAACCGUGAGAUUUCUCAUCAACAACAAAAUGAACAUGUCCAAAGGGAAUGCAUGAUGUCACUGGAUAUCACAGAAUAUGAACUUCAGAUGCUAGAGAAGCAAGCAAUUGAAGAAAAUGAUUUAGAGGAACAUGCUAUUUUAGCACAGGAUGAUAAUUUAGUGGAUGAAGGAGCAGAUGUUUCCUUUGCUGAAAAUGAUGAAGAACUGGAACAUGAAAUGAUCAAGUGUUUGGAUGAGAUGGAUAAAUUAAAUGAGACUGGAUAUUCAGUUGAUAUUAAAAGCUCUGCAAAACACAACUUGCCAAAUAAGCAAAUAGAUAUGGCUGUAACAGAGGAAGAAGAUGAAGGCAUUGAGGAAGAAAUCGAAGAAUGGGACCCUUCUCUUCCAGAACCAAGUUCAAAACAUAUAAAGUGCUUGAAGAUGUAUUUUGGCCAUUCUAGCUUUAAACCUGUUCAAUGGAAAGUGGUAUAUUCAGUUCUAGAAGAGAAAAAAGACAAUCUUGUUGUCAUGGCUACAGGUUAUGGGAAGAGCUUGUGCUUUCAGUUUCCCCCUGUGUACUGUGGAGGAGUUGGUGUAGUAAUUUCACCUCUGAUUUCCUUAAUGGAAGAUCAGAUUCUUCAGCUUAAAAUGUCCAAUAUUCCUGCUUGUUUCCUUGGAUCUGCCCAAACAGAAAAUGUAUUUCAAGACUUAAAAAAUGGGUACUUUCGAGUGUUGUACAUGACUCCUGAAUUCUGCUCUGGAAAUACAAAUUUACUAAAACAACUCAACCAUGACGUAGGGAUUACUUUAAUAGCAGUAGAUGAGGCUCAUUGUAUAUCUGAAUGGGGUCAUGACUUCCGGAGUGCAUACAGAAAUCUUGGAUUAUUGAAAGAAUUGCUUCCUAAUGUCCCCAUUAUAGCCUUAACUGCUACUGCAAGUCCUUCCAUUCGACAGGAUAUAAUCAAAAGCUUGAACCUGGAUAACCCUCAGAUCACAUGCACUAACUUUGAUCGACCAAAUCUCUUCCUGGAUGUUCAUCGUAAAUCUGGAAGCAUAAUCCAAGACAUAAAGAAGUUCCUUAUUAAAAAGGAUGUAGGAGAAUAUGAAUUUGAAGGCCCCACCAUUAUCUAUUGUCCUUCAAGAAAAGUCACAGAACAGGUUUCUAGAGAAAUGCUAAAAUUGGGAAUAAAUUCUGCUGUGUACCAUGCCGGUAUGGGGAUUCGAGCUAGAAGAGAAACUCACCACAGAUUCAUGAGAGAUGAAAUUCAGUGUGUUGUAGCCACAAUUGCUUUUGGCAUGGGAAUAAACAAAGCAGAUAUUCGCAAAGUCAUUCACUAUGGAGCACCCAAAGAGAUGGAAGCUUACUACCAAGAAAUUGGCAGAGCGGGUAGAGAUGGUUUGCCAAGUGCAUGCCAUGUUGUUUGGACAUCUGGAGAUAUGGCUAUUAAUAGGCAUCUUCUGAAUAAUAUGAAAAGUGAGAAAUUUAAAGUAUAUAAGUUGAAAAUGAUGGCAAAAAUGGAGCAGUAUCUCAGCUCAAUGAAGUGCAGAAGAAAAAUCAUCUUGUCUCACUUUGAAGAUAAAAAGCUUAGAAAAGUCAGCUUGGGCAUUAUUGGAACUGAUCGGUGCUGUGAUAACUGCAAGUCUAGGUUAAUAUUUGAUCCUAUGGCUGAUGAAUCUGAGCCUGACCUUCAGGAUUUUGGGAAAGAAGCUUACCAACUGCUAUCUUCUAUCUCAGCUUUAGGAGAAAAGUUUGGAACAACUGUUCCAAUACUUUUUCUAAGAGGAUCUAAUUCACAAAGAUUGCCCGACAAGUUCCGGAAACAUUCGCUGUUUGGAAGUGGCAGGAGCAUUCCUGAAAACUGGUUGAAAGCCUUGGCACGCCAGUUAGUGAUGGAAGGGUAUAUCAAUGAAUAUACUGGCCGUAAUAUUUUUUCAGUUUGUUGUGGGUUGACUCAAAAGGGGAGAUCGUGGCUUAGCAAAGCAAAUAAUGAAUCAUAUCGAACUCUUCUUCUUCAGUCCAACAAUGAACUUUGUUCCAGAGUCUCCACCAUGCCAAAGUAUCAUCAGACUGGAUCUACGUCUUUGCCUCCUGCUGAUAAAUGCUCUAAAACUGAUCAACAGAAAUCACUGCAUGCUCAAUCCAGCUUUCCAAAAUAUAAUCAUGGUAAUCUAAUUCAGCAAAGUCCCCAGGCUUCUUCUUUAAAGUCUCAUUCAAAAUCCCUGCCUUGCCAGCCUAAGGCCUUUUUGGUGUCCCCCAGGGAACAAGAGUUGCAGAGUGCUUUAUAUGGAUUACUUGUUGCUGCUCGACAGAAGAUAGCUAUGGAAAAAGACAUUCCUCCAGCAAUAUUGGCCACUAACAAAAUUCUUCUAGAAUUUGCAAAGACACGGCCAACCACUGUUGAAAAUAUGAAGAAAGUAGAUGGUGUUUCAGAGGCCAAAUCCACUAUGAUGGUACCAUUUCUGGAUGUGAUCAAUGAAUUUUGUCAGAGGAAUGAUCUGGAGGCAAACAAAGUUUGUAAUUCUUCUUUCGGUGAAAAAAGGAGUCCGUUGCAUGGAUUGCAUACAUCUUGUAAUGAACUUUCUGAUAGUGGACGCAUCACCUACCGUCUGUUUGAGCAACAAGGCAUGAGUUUGGAAAGACCAGUAAAGAAAAAGGAGGCUCAGCCCCACUGUUCAAUAUCAGUUGAAUCUACAAAAUUGAAAGAUAAUGGUACUGAAGAUAAGCUGCCUUUGGAUCUGCCAAUUUCAGAUACAAAUCAGAUGUCCUCUCAGAAACCGGCAGGUCAUCCCAAAAUGGGAUAUGACUCAUCUAUUGGAGUUCCAAGAAACAAGGCUGCUGCUGCUGCUUUAUCUGCUCUUCCUGGAAAGGAUCUGGAUGAGGACACCAAGGAACUCUUUGAGGAUUCUCAGAGUGCUGUUCAGCAGUCAACCAAGAGGAAAUUACCGGUGUGGUUUGAAGCACCAAAGAACAGUGCUGUUGUACAUGCUGCAGCUAAAAAGGCCAAAACCAAAAAAGGAAUAUUUAAAUAAAGCAAGUAUAUUCCAAAAAAUCAAGUGCUCACUGGAGACCAACAAUUUAAAGUAUUAACAAUUUUAUAUAUUUUUUUCGUCUGUACAUUUCAUAGCAAAGAAGAACUUGUAUUAAAAUAAA